GAUGGCUACGACCGGACAACAGCCAUUUUGAUUAAAACUGGAAAACAUGGACAUUCGCAAGGCUUGGGAAUCUACAAGAAAAAAGGGCAGCUGCCCCCAGGACCUACUCCAUGGCCUUUUCUGGGGAACCUCUUGCAGCGAGAUGUACUACCUGUGGACACCUCAUAUAAAAAGCUUACUGCGAAGUAUGGACCUAUAUUUACUGUCUGGAUCGGAUCAAAACCAAUGGUUGCACUUUGUGGAUAUGAAGUGGUAAAAGAUGCUUUGCUAGAUCAUGCGGAAGAGUUUGGUGGGCGAACUGAAACGCCCGUGAAUAGGCGGUUGUUCCAAAAUAAAGAUGGUGCCACCAGUUAUGACAACCAAUGGAGAGAGCUGCGACGGUUCACACUGUCCGCCUUGCGAGAUUUUGGGAUGGGGAAGAAAAGGAUGUCUGAGAGGGUGCAGGAGGAAGCCCUUUGUCUAGCGGAGGAAAUGGCUACCACAAAAGGGCAGGCUUUUGACCCAAGAAGAAGGCUUACCAGUGCUGUUUCCAAUGUGAUAUAUCAAAUCUUCAUAGAGAACCAGCAGAUUAUGGAGUCUCAAGCAAGAUUCUUUAAUAGUUUCGUAGGACUGGAGCAGAACUCAUCUGAGGUUAUCUACACUUCUGAAGGGCUUGUGAUUACUGUGUUUGGACUCUUUAUUGCUGGGACAAUAAGCACAAGCCACUCCUUGCUCUACAGCCUCCUAGUGAUGGCUAAAUUGCCACACAUUCAAGCUAAGGUGCAACAGGAGAUCGAUGAGGUGGUGGGUGAACAUCGCACUCCAAGCAUGGAAGACCGGUUGAAGAUGCCUUUCACAAAUGCUGUUGUCCAUGAGGUUCAACGGUAUCAGAAAGGGAGCCUUGAGACCUUUCCUCGGGCAACAACUUGUGACACAAAAUUCCACGGCUACAACAUUCCCAAGUACGUGGCUGUUGCACCAAUCCUCAGCUCUGUACAUUUUGAUCCUCUCUAUUGGGAGACUCCAGAGAAGUUCAACCCAGAUCAUUUCUUUGUUUUCUUCUUUGCUAUUGCAGGGAAACGGGCCUGUCCAGGGGAGGCCCUGGCUCGGAUGGAGCUCUUCCUGUUCUUCAGCACUCUGCUCCAGAAGUUCACCUUCCAUCUGGUUGGGGACAGUAAAGACACGGAUGUAAUGUCUUUGUAUGUGGACUUCACAAAUAAGAAUCAAUACCCCCUUAUAAGAGCUGUUAAACGUUCAGUGCACACUUGUGUUCAGUAAUUAAGGGAAGGAAAGAAGCCUAGGUCCUGAUGGGUGACAGCUUUGUCUUGCUGUCUUGCUGUCUUGCUGUCUUGCUGUCUUGCUGUCUUGCUGUCUUGCUGUCUUGCUGUCUUGC